UACGCUCGCAACUGUAGAGGUCCCCCUUUUUCAGCGGGCUGCGCGCACAGCUAUUGCACCCGCUUUUUAUCCUGUGUAAAGAGGAGAGAGUGAGGGGGCUUAUGUACGGAUCCUGCACGACCGCAGACAUGUAUCCUCCGUGAAGUGUAGCGCAAGGCAACUCUAAGAUACCGGGUGUUCUGCGAGAAACAAUGAACAUGUGCGGCUCUAUUUCUGAAUGAGCACAAGGACAUGUGUGAUAUGCGUUGUAGCCUACCUAUAGACCAACAUCAUUCGCACUAUUCCAAUUUCAUUCAGAUUUGAGGGCACCGGUAUAUGACUUAAACUCAUUUUAGGGAAGAAAGAAGACGUGGUGUUCUGCUGGUUUUUGUGGAAUUUUCGCUCCAGCUGAGAGUCGUGAUGUCUGGCUCAUUUCACACAUUGUUCCUGGUUCUGCUGGGUGUGUUGACGGCAUGCGCCCAGACGGAGAUGAAGAGGGUUGUCGGUGACAAUGCGACACUGCCCUGUCACCACCAGUUCUGGGCAGGUGACGCCCCCACACUGGACAUCGAGUGGCUCCUACUCAAGCCCAGCUCCAAGCAGAGAGUGGUGAUCACGUACUUCGCGGGCCGGGUGUACGACCCCAACGAGGCGGAGGCGGGCCGGCUGUCCUUAGCCGGGGACUACCUCAAGGGGGACGCCUCCCUGCUGAUCAGUGACCUUACCCUGGGCGACUCGGGCGAGUACAGCUGCAAGGUGAAGAAUGGGGGGAAGUACCAAUGGAGCACGAUCAACCUCAUAGUACAGGUGAAGCCGUCUAAGCCGCGGUGUUGGAUGGAGGGCCGGCUGUUGGAGGGUAGUGAUGUUAAGAUGAGCUGUAAGUCUACAGAUGGCUCUGACCCCAUAAACUACAAAUGGGAGAGGCUGCUGGACAAGGGCAAGUAUGUGGGAAAGCUGCCCCCACUGGCCCUCAUAGAUUUGAAAAACUCAGAGAUAGUGACACUGAGGAACCUGACCAAGGAGAGUGCUGGGGUGUAUAAAUGUACCGCCAGCAACGACGUGGGAGAGGAGAGCUGCACCGUAGAGGUCAAGAUGCACUAUGUGCGGGGCAUGGGUGUGGUGGCGGGCGCCGUGGUGGGCGUGUCCUUCGGUGUCCUCCUCAUCAUUCUCAUUAUUUGGCUGGUGUUCCGCAAGAAGGAGAAGAAGAAAUACGAGGAGGAGGAGACCCCUAACGAGAUCAGGGAGGAUGCGGAGGCUCCCAAAGCCAAACUGGUGAAGCCCAACUCUCUCUCCUCGUCCCGUUCUGGAAGCUCCCGCUCGGGCACCUCCUCCACCCAGUCCAUGGUCCACACCACUGCCCCCCGGGGGCCCCGCGCCCGGGUUCCUGACGUCGCCGCCCUCAAGGAGAGCGGCCAGCCCCCCAGCUUCCCCCAACAGCCCCCUGCCUACACACAGGUGGUCCCCAAGACCCCUGAGCCCCGCACAGCCCCGGCCAAGCUCAGCCCUCCCCCAAAGCUAAGCCCCGGGAACCUGGCCCGCAUGGGAGCAACGCCGGUCAUGAUCCCUGCCCAGACCCAGGCCUUUCAGACUGUGUAGGAGGGAGGGAGGGAGAAGUGGAGGGAGUAGACGCAGACAGACACAAGAAGCCCCAGUACACAGCUGAUAGCAACACCCAGCCUGCCCCCAGAAACCCUGUGAAAACCAGCCAUAUCAUCAACUAAAAGUAUAAUUGAGUGCAUUCUACGAAGGGAAGACUUUCGUAAGAGGAUUUGUCUCCUGUACAAACAAUACAGAGCAAAAUCUUUUGUUCGCAUGAUAUCCCAUGACAACAGAACAUUCAUUGUUUUUGCUGACAAGGUCAGUGAUGUGUAUCAUUCUCUAACGAGGUCAGUGAUGUGUAUCAUACUCUGACGAGGUCAGUGAUGUGUAUCAUACUCCGACGAGGUCAGUGAUGUGUAUCAUACUCUGACGAGGUCAGUGAUGUGUAUCAUACUCCGACGAGGUCAGUGAUGUGUAUCAUACUCCGACGAGGUCAGUGAUGUGUAUCAUACUCCGACGAGGUCAGUGAUGUGUAUCAUACUCUGACCAGGUCAGUGAUGUGCAUCAUUCUCUGACCAGGUCAGUGAUGUGCAUCAUUCUCUAACGAGGUCAGUGAUGUGUAUCAUACUCUGACCAGGUCAGUGAUGUGUAUCAUACUCUGACCAGGUCAGUGAUGUGUAUCAUACUCUGACCAGGUCAGUGAUGUGUAUCAUACUCUGACCAGGUCAGUGAUGUGCAUCAUUCUCUGACCAGGUCAGUGAUGUGCAUCAUUCUCUAACGAGGUCAGUGAUGUGUAUCAUACUCCGACGAGGUCAGUGAUGUGUAUCAUACUCUGACCAGGUCAGUGAUGUGUAUCAUACUCCGACGAGGUCAGUGAUGUGCAUCAUUCUCUAACGAGGUCAGUGAUGUGUAUCAUACUCCGACGAGGUCAGUGAUGUGUAUCAUACUCUGACGAGGUCAGUGAUGUGUAUCAUACUCUGACCAGGUCAGUGAUGUGCAUCAUUCUCUAACGAGGUCAGUGAUGUGUAUCAUACUCUGACGAGGUCAGUGAUGUGUAUCAUACUCUGACCAGGUCAGUGAUGUGCAUCAUUCUCUAACGAGGUCAGUGAUGUGUAUCAUACUCUGACGAGGUCAGUGGUGUGUAUCAUACUCUGACGAGGUCAGUGAUGUGUAUCAUACUCUGACGAGGUCAGUGAUGUGUAUCAUACUCUGACCAGGUCAGUGAUGUGUAUCAUACUCUGACGAGGUCAGUGAUGUGUAUCAUACUCUGACCAGGUCAGUGAUGUGCAUCAUUCUCUAACGAGGUCAGUGAUGUGUAUCAUACUCUGACGAGGUCAGUGGUGUGUAUCAUACUCUGACGAGGUCAGUGGUGUGUAUCAUACUCUGACGAGGUCAGUGAUGUGUAUCAUACUCUGACCAGGUCAGUGAUGUGUAUCAUACUCUAACGAGGUCAGUGAUGUGUAUCAUUCUCUAACGAGGUCAGUGGUGUGUAUCAUACUCUGACGAGGUCAGUGAUGUGUAUCAUACUCUGACGAGGUCAGUGAUGUGUAUCAUACUCUGACGAGGUCAGUGAUGUGUAUCAUACUCUGACGAGGUCAGUGAUGUGUAUCAUACUCUGACGAGGUCAGUGAUGUGUAUCAUACUCUGACCAGGUCAGUGAUGUGUAUCAUACUCUGACGAGGUCAGUGAUGUGUAUCAUACUCCGACGAGGUCAGUGAUGUGUAUCAUACUCCGACGAGGUCAGUGAUGUGUAUCAUACUCUGACGAGGUCAGUGAUGUGUAUCAUACUCUGACGAGGUCAGUGAUGUGUAUCAUACUCCGACGAGGUCAGUGAUGUGUAUCAUACUCUGACGAGGUCAGUGAUGUGUAUCAUACUCCGACGAAGUCAGUGAUGUGUGUCAUCACAGGAGGACCCUGUGUAGAGUUGACGUAUUUUUAAACCAAACCGACAGAGCCAUGAAAACAGAAUGGGCUAUGGACAAAGGGAAGGAGGGAGGGAGAGCAAACAGGACUGGAAAAGAGCAAACAAAGGAGAUACACAGGCUGCAUAGCUCAGCAGAUAUCAGGCAAGGGUGUCUGGCUGUCUUACGACACCUGAUACCUGCUACCAACCAGGACAAACCAGACAAGACAAAGAGAGAAAAAAAAAAAAAAGACAGGAAAAGUAAACCUCUCUCUGGACUUGCCUGAGCACCACACCUACCACACCGAGCCACACCGAGCCAAUCAAUAUCUCCCAGGCUUCUUUGCUGGCAUCACAUACCUCCAUGUAAUCUCCUCCAGGAUACCCAGCAGGCAUGGUGAUUGGUUUUGUAAGGAAGGGGGUGCAGGGGGUGCACCGAUCGAUUGACACACCAAUGAGAGUGGAGGAAAGUUUGAUGCUGAUACAAGAGGGAUGUUUGCCUGUGAUUGUACAAAGAUGAUAUAGCUUAAGUAAGAGACUCCACCUAGACACGUCACCUGUCAUCCUAUACACCUGCACAUGGGUCACUCGCAGCAACACAAAAGAUAUCAAUAUUGAUUUCCCAUCUUUCCUGUGCAUCCAGCACUAUACACUCAAGUCUGGACUUAUGUAACGUUAUCUUCCCAUGUUCAUGGACAGCGUCAAUUAAGGCCAUAGGAAUAUGUGACUAUGGGGAUUAUUAAUGGCUGAAAUAGGUAUUGCUUAAUAUGUAUUGUCUAAUAUUCUGUUUCCUUUUUUCUAUUUCAUUUAUUUCAGAUUCCUUCAGAAUGUUUAAAGAUUGUUAUUAAAGGGGUGAACUUAAGCCCUAUCGAUAAAGUGCCACAGUUGAUGUUUGUUGAAGAUGGUUAAUGGCAUUUCUGUUUUAAUUUGUGUUGUGUUAAUGACAUUUCUGUUUUAAUUUGUGUUGUGUUAAUGACAUUUCCAUUAAUCCAAAAUGAAUGAACUAACAUAUGAAUGUGUUCUAUGCUGUGCAGUAUAUAAAGGGCUGGAUUCAAUUUGAUUCACCAACUAACGUGCAAGAACCGCGUUAUAGCUCCAUUUAAAUUGAAAGGCAACGGAGACCGCAUUCACAGUCGGCUGAAUAGAAAAUUACCUUUACAUUUGAAAUACUUCCGCGAUAUAGAUUGAUUCCAGCCCAAAAUCAUUGGAUGAAUCCUUGUUUUUUAAUGAGCAGAGAUUUGCAGCAAUACAUUUAAUCCCCUGCAGUUGAACUGUGUCUGAAAAAAUACAAAAUAUAUUCUGUAAAAUGAGAAAACGAGCAAAGGGCCAUACACAUCAUAAUAUGAUAUCACAUGCGUUGGCUCAGCACCAUCUUGUGAUUAUAGAAGAACAGUAAUGAUAAUCCUAAAGAGGGCCUUGGGUUAACAUACACAUUUUAAUUGAAUACACCACAAAAAAGUAUUAUUCACAAAACAAUUAAACACCGAUUUACAGUUUUAACAUUUACAUUACAUUUACAUUUACAUUUAAAUGGUUAACUCUACGGUACACCUGAGAUUGAUUCCAUUUCAAGCAGAAUGAAAAGGACAAUAGCUUUGAGUGAAGUCUCUUCAUGGUGGCCAAACAGAAUUUAAACUACACUCAACCUCAGUAAAAUAUCGAAUUAUGCCCUACCAUUCUCUGAUUUAAAUGUCAACUUUUGCCUGAGCUUUCAUCUGAUCCAAAUGCGUGACUUCUGCCUAGCGAUAGUCUUCUCUGCCUCUACGCAGCAGCACAUUGGUCCUUCAGUGUUAUGACUGCUUCCUCCAAAGAGGAACACCCCACUCCAACACCCCUGUUAUUCUGGCUCAAUCGCAAUGCAAUGGAUGAGAUGUCAGGAGCUAUUUGGAGUGACUGAUGCUGUGGCGCCCUCCAGGAGAACCCAGCAAACUCAUCUUAGAUCACCCAGGAGGGAGGGCUCUUCUCGUCCAGCGGUGCAGAGCAUAAGAGCACACUCGUACUCUGGCCUCCGAAAUGGUUCAAACGAGGACGGGUGACUUCUUGAAAAAGGUUCAAAAUUUACCUGGCUUUUCGUUCAUGCCUGGUUGAAAUCACCCAGAUUAGUUUGUAUCAAUAAUUGUAUUUUGUAAAAUCGGCCUAUUUUUGAUGAGAUUAUUUCAUGAUCGUGGGCAGUUCAAAGAGUGAAAAGAAAAUAGCAAUUUUGUCUCUGUGACUCGUACUUCCAGCUUGCUCACUGCUGGUUGAAAAGCACCUUUAAACCAGGAGACGGAUGAGUGGCGAGAUGAGAGGACGACACCUGAGGGAGAGCUCCUGAUUACCCACCACAACCCCCUUUGAAUUUCCCAUUAUACCUUUAAAAGCCAAUACAGGGAGGCCGAUGAUUGAAUGUGGCUCUUACGGCCGUUUGAUGGGGUAGGAUACGCACCGGUAUUGAUUUUUCUGUUAUCUGAGUGGCUCUGUGAAUUCCCCUGGCAGAGGCCUCUGUGUCCUGAAUCAUUAGGGUUUCCACCCUUUUUCGUUUGAAUGUCUUGCUUGGCAGACCGGAGGAAUGGGAAUGCUCCAAACCAUGCUGGGGAGAGGAACAACGUGAACCACAGGCGUUACGUUGCCCUUUCACCAUGUAUCGACUCCAAAAGGCCAUUACCAUAGGUUAACUAGUACAAAACUUGCAUCUUGAUGUCAUUUAUUAGUCUGUCUACUAAAUACCUCCACUAUGGUUUGAGUGAUGGGAACUUUGAUAUCAUGCAUACAGUGUAAUGUUCAAGAGCGAAAGAAUCCACCCAAAGCUGAAAAAUGAUGGAUAUGCAUGUCACAGAUACUUAACUAGAGACAGAACAAAACUGUAUUUUUGCCUCAAUGCUUAUAUAAAUAUAUAAAUGAUCAUCUUGUACAAACAUUUUUUACAGUUAAAACAAAUGCUAUGACUGUAAAAAAGGAAAGUUAUGUUCAUUUUGAGUUUACUCCUUUGGGUUAAGAAUUCAGUCAUAAGUACUUUGCACUUUCUUAAACUGUGCUCUCUCUGUCCCGCUUGCGUUAAGCCCUUUUCACCAACAGCGUUAGGGGGGAAAUGUUCUCUCUCUCUCACUCUAUUUUCUUUGAUUGACAAUGUCAUGCAGUUACUUUGAGUUGUUGUAAACCAAAAAGGAAAUGUACAUACCUCCUUCUCGAGUGAAAAAUGUAUAUUUGUACAAUAUCUGAAUAAUUACUGUUUUGGUUUGUAAUAAAGCAUUUGAUGAAUAGCCA